GUCGGGUACUGGAGUAGCGUCCACGCCUCUCUCCACCUCCAGCAUGCGCCCAAAAAGCUCGCCGCCAGAGGGCCAUGGCUGGCACUGGCAAGUACCCCCACUGGUCCCUGGGGAGACCUCCCACUGAAGUGAAUCCCCAACCCAAGCGAGCCAUAAUAAGCUAGAGCUAGCAGUGGUGGUAGGCUGGUAGCCAGAGCAAGUACGUACUGCGUCGGCGGCGGCAUUGCCAUUGCCGGCGCCGCGGCGGCAUGGCGGCGCCGGUCGAGGUCGGCGCGCGGGGCACGGUGGGUUCGCUGGUGCUCCGGGAGGUCGAGUACUUCCGGAGGGUGGAGGUCACCGGCGGCGGCGGCGGCCACGGCAAGAAGAGCAGCAGCAAGGUCGCGGCGGCCAGCGGCGGCGGCAGCCCCCGGAGCAGCAGCAAGAAGCAGCAGACGAAGAGGAAGAAGGGCGGCGCAGGCAGCGGGUCGUUCUUGCCGAGGCUGUGCUCGUCGGCCGAGGUGGCGGAGGAACCCGGCAGCGGCGGCGGCCGGAGGGAGCGGCCGGCGAGGGUCCGGUACCGGCCUCUCGGGGAGGAGGGGGACGCUCUGAUUCAGGAGGACUAGCCUGCAGCUGCUGAUCAUUCAGAGGACAUACACGACGGAUGGUGGAGCAUUCUGCGUCAGAUCCGGUGUGCCGAUGAUGGGUACCGGGUGAUUUUCUUGUUCUUCGCUUUUUCUCCGUGAGUUUCUUUUGGUUUUCCCUCCAUUUGUUCACUGUUUAUUACGACUAGUAGAUCAGAGAAUCAUGUAUGGCUUCUUGUUUAACUUGCAUCCAUGGCCGACUGCUUGUGCUUGAGGCAUCAGAUUAGUUGGCCCAUAGUAAUCUAUGCUGCAUGCUAUUAUGACUGACACAGGAUUGCUUCAGAAUUCGAGGCAAAUUUGGUUGCGUUA